AUGCACACGCACUCCGUGCUGAACGUCCACCCACUGGCCACAUGUCCCACUCUGACGCUUCACACUCUUCCAGCAGCAGCAGGUGGACCUCAGCCCGAAGAGAUGGAAGAUUACAGCAGCGGCUGUGACACAGAGCUGGCGUCAGCACCCGUGACCCACCAGGAGAACGAUACAGGCACCAUCUUUGAGGUGGCGCUCCACAACGUCUCCUCCGAGCGUAACCCCCAGUUUGAGGGCGUGGAGCUUCUGCAGUCCUUCAGGCUGCUCAUCAUCCCCUGCUACGCCCUGGUGGCCCUGGUGGGCGUCUUCGGCAACUACCUGCUCCUGUACGUCAUCUGCCGCACCCGCAAGAUGCACAACGUCACCAACUUUUUCAUUGGGAACCUGGCCUUCUCCGACAUGCUGAUGUGCGCCACGUGCGUCCCCUUCACCCUGGCAUACGCAUUUAACCCCCGCGGGUGGGUGUUCGGCCGCUUCAUGUGCUACCUGGUGUACCUCAUCCAGCCGGUGACGGUCUACGUGUCCGUCUUCACCCUCACCGCCAUCGGGGUGGACAGGUACUACGCCACAGUGCACCCGCUGAAAAAGCGCAUCUCCAUCCUGGCAUGCACCUACUUGCUGUCCGCCAUGUGGCUGCUGUCCUGCGCCCUGGUGGCUCCAGCAGUGGCUCACACCUACCACGUGGAGUUCCAAAACGAGGGCUUCAUCAUCUGCGAGGAGUUCUGGAUGGGCCAGGAGAGCGAGCGUCUGGCGUACGCAUACAGCACGCUCUUCAUCACCUACGUGCUGCCUCUGUCCGCGCUCUGCAUCUCCUACCUUUGCAUAUCCGUCAAACUGAGGAACUGCGUGGUGCCGGGCUACCACACCCAGAGCCAGGCCGAGGCGCAGCGCGUGCGCAAACGCAAGACCUUCCGCCUGGUGAGCCUGGUGGUGGCCGCUUUCGGCAUCUGCUGGAUGCCCAUCAGCGUGUUUAACGUGCUGCGUGACAUUGACAUCGACCUGAUUGAUAAGCGCUACUUCCUGCUCAUCCAGCUGCUGUGUCACCUGUGCGCCAUGAGCUCGUCCUGCUGCAACCCCUUCCUGUACGCCUGGUUCCACGACCGCUUUCGCGCCGAGCUCCGCAAAAAGAUCGCGCUCCGCCGUCGUGUCCGCGUUGCCGCCAACAACGGCGCCACCGCCAGCGUGGUGCUUUGA